UGCUGUUGUUGAGUGUUUCCCUGUCAGCUGGAGCUCCAGACGCCAUUCUAUCUGUCUGAUAUCCAUCUGUUGACUUCACAGGCGGUGUUGGGAUCAUGUUUACCUCCCAGACCUCCUCCUUCCAGGACUCCAUAGACGUGGAAGAGAAGGAUGACUUUGACAGUGAUGAGAUUUCUGGAUUCAGCCAGAAAACCCAGCUGAACUGCUACUACACCAUCUACCUGUACCAAGGCACAAGAUCUGAGGCUUCUGGGGAAAAUGUGGCAUGGAACCAGAGACGAGCAGACUCCACAACCAGUCAGGAGGACUUUAGCCUGACCCUGAUCGACAGCAGCCUUCCAUCAGAGGCAGAACCUGAGCUGAGGACCUACAUUUCAAGGAGGCUCAGCAAAGGCGCCCUGCUGGGAGGCAUGGGCAACAUCGCCACUGUGGAACUGAGUAUCCCAGAGCAGGCAGUGGGCUGCUACUGCUGCCUCCUGGAGCAGGAAAGGUCUCCUGACCAGCCUGAUGCUGAUGGAAACGGACAUGUCAUCUGCUUCAUGGGCGGCUCUGAAAAAGGACUGAACUUAUUUCGAUUAGAACUUGAUAAAUACGUCCAAGGCCUGCAUAGCAGCCUGCAAACCCCAGAGCUGCAGAACCUUGAGACGGAGGUGCGUCCGUAUCUGAGCCGGUGGUACGAGGAGUCUGUGAUGCACAUUCAUCGGGUGGUGCAGCUGGUCCAGAGCAACAUCAGCUUCCUGCUGCACGCUGCUCUGAGUCACACACAAGUGGAGGUCAAUAAUUCAGAUGAGAGGACAAAGGCUGAUGUGAGCAGGUUCAUCAAAGCAGCCAGUUUGCAGGGUCUGUCCCAACAAGACCCUACAACAGCUUCUCUGUGUAAGGCUAUCUCAGAGGACACACCUUCUGACCUGAUCAUAGACUGCUCCACCAGCCCCCCCACACUCUCUAACACAGUCAGUAAUCGUUUCUGUGAUGACUGGAUUCAGGCCUUCCUGAACGCUGCCGAGCGUUGUAAUCCUUUCCUGCUCGGACAGAUUCUGGAGAACUUCAAACUUAAGGCCAUCCAGGACAUGAACAGCCUGAAGCGCUUUGUGCGUCAGGCAGAGAUGAGUCACUACGCCCUGUUUCGCUGCUGCCAGUUCCUACAGGGCUGCGGAAAUGGGGAUGUGUUGCUGCAGAAUGCCAGGGCGGAGCACAGCGACCUGCCUGAAGCCUGCAGCAUCAUCACUGUCCUGGAGGAGUUCCUCAAGGAACAAGCCCAGGCCCAAGCCCAGGCCCAGGCCCAAGCCCAGGCCUGAUUCCAUUGCAGAACCUAAAUUGUGGGGCCGGGUUCUGCUCUUCACACAUAACUGAUCACCUGUUCAAUUCUAAGCAUAGCACCACAUCCUUUGUUCAACAUCGGUUUGCCAGGUAAAAGCAGAUCAGAGGGGACAUUUUGAAUCUGCCGGCUGUUUUGGCAGAUUCAAAGUUGUAAAUGUUGAGUUUCCUGUGCUGGUACCUCUGCUGCUUCUCAAUAAGUGAAACGGCGAUCUGAUCUGGAAUAUGAACCGUUAAACACCGACACUCGGCUUCCUUCAAUACAUGUGUUUAUCUUUGGGGCUAAUAAUAGUUCAUUGAGAUCUGUAACAUCACUGCACUUAUCUUAUCUUAACAAUGAAGGUUAGUUGAUAGCUGGACAUGCAGAUCAGUUAGAUCCAGUUGUAGAGUGGCCCUUUCCCAAUCUUUUUACUUUUCCACUUUUUGUGUUGUGUGAGUGUUUCACAAUACUUUGAACCAAAUAUUAUUACUAGUGUUUUGCUAACUGACAAUGAUCACAACACAUAACUGAUCCAAACUAAAGCCUCUACUCAUUGGAGGGGAAUUAUCUCUUACUUCUUUGACAUCCAAAUGUUUUAUUAUUAUUAUUAUUUUGUAUUUUAGUUGAUUGUACUUCGAAACACAUUGAGAAUGCACAAAUCACUUUCAUGCAUUGCUUGUAACAUAGGCCUUGUUUGUGCUUACAUCUCAACAAAAUACCUGCACUACAAUAUCAUUUUUGUCUAAUGAAUACUGCGAAUUUAUGUACAUAACACUAUCAAGUACUAUUAAUACUACUAAUAGUGUUGUAUACACAGUGUCGUUUUGGAUAUAAUUUCCUGUUUACACAAAGCUUAAUUGCCUUCAGCUGAAGACUUUAUGAGAACGAUACAUGCACUUUGCGACCAGUUACUCACUACAUUUAAUAAGCAUUCGUUUAGUUUCAAAGGUUCGACAAUAUUGAUACCCACAGAAAAAAAAUGUUCUUAACAGAAGAAAUUAAAAUGUAGAAUAAAAGAUGAUAUAUAUAAAAGCGCUCACAGUAAAUGUUGGCAUGCCUUCCUUUUAUUUUCCUUUCAUUGUGUACCUGCAACAAGUGUUGAUAUUCCAUUAAACCCACUAAAGGGUUUUUAGCUCAAACCAUUCCCAUUGAAACCAGUCCAAAGUGUGUAAUACAGCAAUACUGUUGAUGAAGUAUACUUUUAAACCAGUCCUUUUACUGUUGUGAACCAUAGUCUGGCUGUGACCUGACCACACUGCAAAUGUGUUAACAUGUCUGUAGUUAUAAAUGUCCAUGUUGUUCUCGGUCUUGUAUAGAAGCUGAAAUAAAUACGACAGUUGAACCUACUUGUUGUGGCUGUGCACGCUGUCGAGAAUGCAAAGCUGACAAACAUCUGCACUUUUAUAUCUGUUCCAUGAACACAGUUUGUUUCACAUACACCAGUUGGACCAGUAACCACAGGCAGCUACUGUCCUCUGUGUCUGGCCC